CCAAUGUGUUUGCUGUUAAAGGUCUAAAGCUUGUGAUGAUGUUGCAUGCUCACUUUACUCACAUGUGAUCGAUUCGUUUUCAGGGUGACACCUUUGAGAGUCAGCUCCUUCAAAGCUUGAACACACAAAAAGAGAAACUGCAUGGAUGAUACGAGUGUCAUGUGGCUUUGCAGUUUCAUUUGAGCUUCUUUAGAUGGAUCAUGUGGGGUUCACUGCUGUCGCUUGACAUGUUUGUCAAGAGAUGACUCUUUGCUGCGGUUUUGCAUGCAUUAGCCAUCAUUAAUCUAUACCCAUCUUGAUUGCUUGCGCAUGCUUGGGCAACUGCCACCUCCCGCUGUGAUGUUGAAGCUCAUUUGGUCCAUUGCUCAGGGACUUCCCCUGCAAAUCCUUUGCCUCCCAUGGCGCGGGCUCAACUGCUCCCCUAUGUGCUUGCUAUUGGCGCUUGCACCUUCCUGGUGUCAACCUUGAGUUUCGUGUCGUCACCAGCAACGACAGUAGAACGCAGCCGGGCUUUGCGUGCUUUGCCACAGCCUGGAGCCAAGACUGAGGAGAAAACGCAGGAGAGCAACGGGGGAGAGUUCAAGAUGCCCAAGCCUGACAUGGGCCUGAUGAACCGACAGGCCAGAGUUGGACAAUCCGUUGACCAAGACAGGCGUGGAAACAUGUGGUCUGUUGAGCCUGCGACAAGGAUCAGAACAGAUGAUGAUGGGGGCGAGCUGCUUCCAGCAGGAAUCUACUUCCCUAUCGUCAUUGUGAUCACCAUCGGCAGCAUCAUUGUGCUCGCUCAAGUGCUUGGCAACGACGCCCGCUUCGGUGGCAUGCUGGGCGACGAUGCUCGCGGCAUCAACGAGUGGGGCUAAGCUGUUUCAACUUUGUGUACUUGAUGCGAGGGGUGGCCUGUUACUUGUUCAAUCAUCACGUUCUUGAUCAUUAGAUUAACUACACUAGUGCUUGCUGCUCGGCCGCCACCACUGUAGUUUUCUCAGUUUUCAAGCAGCCGACCAUGGCUUUGCUUCCGUCGUGCCCGUCUGACUUUGAAGGUCUCAGCUGGGGAA